CAAACGUCAGUGAGUCAGCUGUCAAAGGCUUCCGUGGUGUUUCAUUGACGGAGAAAACACGACAGGUUUAUUUGGUGGUGUGCAGCUGUGGAGAAAAACUGGAACGAAAAAAUUGAUUUUUGCGUUAUUCAACCACCCAGCAGCGUACUAUUUGUGGACACGGUGCAGCAGAACGGUGAAAACCAGCGGUGAAAAGAUUCGUGCGUGCAAACGGACCGCCCGAUUUAGCGGAACGCAGCGUGGAAAUUUCGCCAAGGUUCUAGAACAAACCGCAUUGGCGUACGGUCUCGGGGGUUGUGCGAGCAAAGGAGUGCAAGUGUGUGUGACAAAUAAUAAAGCAAGCAGGGCUAGUGACAGACGUACUGCAGCGCGAGCCAGACAUACGCAAGUGAGUGUGAUAAAGAAAGUAAGCCAAUCAGAAUGUCGUCACAACAGGAGCAACCACAGCAACAGCAGCAGCCUACUGUGCGGCACAUUCCGAUUUUCGUCGAAGGUCGUUCCGAACCGCUGAUAAACACGGCACCCGAAUCGCGACCCUCACAACCAUCCCAGCACCAUCCAUCCGCAGCUGGGAUGGAGGGCCCCAGUAUGGAAAUGCCAGAUCGGGACGAAUUCUUCAAACCCGGUAAAAUUUUCGAUCGGGCGCGCGAUAUCCCGGUACGAUCGGCGUUUCCAGGUUUCUCGUUCGACUUCAAGCAUGACCCGUCGCCCAGUGCCAGCAGAUCCACGACGGAUCCACUGAAUACCAAUAUGCCUCGCGGAAGUUCGAUUCCCAGACAAACACCUUCGCCUUCGGCCGCUCACCAACAGCAUCAGCAGCAGCAGCAGCAGCCGCCGCCGCCGCCGUCGCAGUGGCAGCAGCCACAACAAAAGCCUAGCGCGGCGAACCCGCAACAGCAGCAGCAACAUGGGCCCCGGGCACCGCAACCACAAACACAUCCGGAACCGCAACCUCAGCCACAGCCUGCUCCUGCUGGCCAGGAUCAACCGGAUAGCCGUCCAAAGAUACCGACCAGGGAGGAUCCGAUCACGAAGAUCCAAAAGAUCCAGAAAGAUGUGCUCGCCAUCUUCGAUCAGGUGGAACAUUUCAAGGGUGGCAAGGAGGGCAAGAAAGACAAGGCGUACAUCUAUCUGGACGAGAUGCUGACGCAGAAUCUGCUGAAGCUGGACUCGAUCGAUGCCGAGGAUCAGCCGCAAAUUAAGUCCGCACGGAAGGAAGCCAUCAAAAGCAUAAACACCUGCAUCGCGGUGCUGGAGGCGAAAGCCGAAGCGGGAGCUAGUGGGAGCACCAAUGCCAGUACCGGUUCGAUCGGCAAUAGCAACGCGAACAGUAACGGGUUCGACGCCACCAAUGGUGGCGCGGAACAGUCCGCCUCGAAUACGUCAAUUCCUCACUCGUCGUCCAAUUCUAGUCAACCGCAGCCCAAUGAAGUUUCGAAGCAGUAGUACCACCCCCCCUCACUAUCCGCCCUACCCACAGCCGGCAGUUUGUACGCUUGCUGAAAAAUUGCAACGUGUGUGUGUGUGACGCAAUUUAUCAAUUUAUGUUUGGUGCUCGAUCAAUGAUGCAAACGGUUUUUUUUUUUGUUCUAAAAGCUACUUGUGUCAUGUGUGCGGUUGAUACUCAAGGCAGCUCUUACUACAGUAUGGACAGAUAUUUCUUCGAUUCGUCUAAACCGUCCCGUUCGUCCAAGAUCGUAUGUUUAUCCCUUUUUUCUCCCAAAUGUUCGGAGGCGUUCCAUGAGGCUUACAAUAACAAAAACAGCUCCUUCUCGGAUCACAUCGGUUACUUUUGAGUAGGCCACGGUUGCUAAGGGAUCCCCACUGGUCCAUCAAAGCGAUAAUAGUGUAAACCGUUGGCUCUGGUGCUUCUACAAGGAGCCAGAAUAUCACGUUUAACAAGUAUUUUAAGUGCUGCCAGUAGAUGGUAGACGAAGAGCUAGAAGCCGUAACAUGGUAGCAUGUAUUAAAUGGGCACUUUAAUAACGCUUAGGGACGCGCACACAGCGAGCCGGAUUUGGUUUGCGCCGAAAAAUCCCAGUGAACAAAAUGUGAACAUAGAUUGGAGACAUAUUUAUUUUUCUUAUUUUUAGUUAGUAAGUAACGAGUAACAGCAACACAACAGAAAACUCGGCAGAGGCGUGAAAGAUCGACGUGAGAGAGGGUAGGCUAACAACAAAAAAAAAAGCUUCAGUAAUAAGAGUAGGAGCAGACACUGAGAAACGACAUCGACAUAUAACAAAUGAUAACGAAUAUUAACCCAUUUGCCACGCGGUAGCAGCAGCGGUCUCUGUGAGCUUGUGGCCAGCACACACACACACACACAGGAAACAGUUUUCAAGCCAUGGUAUGUAGGGACAGCAGUGCAACCAUUUAACCGUAAAUAACUUUGAACGAUAUAAUUUUAAUAAUAAAACAAAAACUCACAAGUUUGGUUACAUAGACAAUAAACAUUCAACAGCCACGCGGUUUGAAUUCGUUUAUUGUGGAAGAGGGUUAUAUAGUGGUAGUUGACGUCGUUGUUUCGACGAAGGACAGGGACAGAAUUCCUCCAGUCGUCGUCCCCUCCGGCAGCUUUACCGUGCUAAUUGUUCUUCUGUUACGCUUUCACACGUUGUGCCAUCUUCCGCCAGUGAAGAUAUGGAAUAAAGUUAAUAUGGUUACACACACCUA